AUGCAAGAGACUCUAUAUCCUUCCCCUAUGUGGAGCCCUGUUCCGUUCAGUCAAGAGGCUGACGUUUGGUCCCAAGAUGCGUCACGCUUCCUCGCCCAGUCGCAGUCCCGCCUAUCCAACUUCGGACAGCCCGACGCCAAUGAGCCCUCUAGUCGACAACCCCAAGAGGGGUCCUCGAGAUAUUCGCGACAUCCUGCCCGAUCCUCCUACCAGGCACGCCUUGGAAAUCCGUAUCAACCCUCCAACUCGAGAUUCGGCAGCUUCGCCUCGAGAUACAAUACCGCCCCAGAUGCUCCGCUCUUCCACAGCGCACUCAACGAGUUCCGAGAGGACGAGGACGAGGACGAUGUAAGAGAAGCUGCUGAUCUCCGUGCUCUGCAACACUCCCGGCGGGUGUUCGUCUCUAGCCGCAUGGAGGACAGCUCGGCUUCCGAGAAUGACACAAGCCGCGCCUCGCUGGAGCAGAGUGGGGAACGCGAUAGCAGGACCUUCGAGGAUCGGGGUCGCACCAUGGGCAUCAAAAGCAGUUGGAACGGCGAGUCGAAUUUCAAGGAUCGUCACUCAAAGCGCAAGACGAAGGAGGAGCCCGAUGCAAGUCCCAGCCAGAACAACACGCGACAGAACUCUGAAAGUGAUGAGAGCGGCAAGAUGGUUGAUAUUGGCCUCGACUCCAUGGUCGUAGAGAACCAGGUCCCAGAGGAUCUCUUGCAGGAAACGCCCACCGACUCGUCACCGCCCGCCUUCCAGCAGUUCAAGUCCACCAAGGCCACCAGGACAAAUCCCAACCUGGAGCGCGACCAACGCCUGAUGCGCCAGGCCAUCGCUGAGGAAGACGAAGACGAGGAGGAGGGGCAGCCGCCGAACGAGAUUCCCUCUGCUCCGCAACCUCGCAUGUAUGGCGAGAUCUUCGUACACGAUCAAUUCUUCGCUUGGAUCUACCUGAUAGCCUUCGCGUCUCUGCUCGCCACUUUUGUGCUGGUCUGGCUGCAUACGUCGGUGCCUGGCCGGAAGAUUGGCGAUACUAUUUAUACAACACUUCAUUCAUCCUUCUCUCUGCUAGCGGUGGACACCCUCGUUGCGGUCAUCGUUGCGCUGGUGUGGAUGGCUGCCCUGAGGUCUUUCGUGCAACCGCUGGUCGUCCUUAUUUUGCUUGGUGUUCCGGUCGUUCUUUUCUCCUUCUCAUUAUACCCCAUGAUUUCUAGCUUCCAGGGACCGGAUCACGGGAGAGGCGCACAGGACAUUAUUAUGAGGUAUGCUGCCAUCGUACCAGGAGUCUGUGCCAUUAUUUGGACAUGGCUACUUUACAAGGGGCGUCACGAGAUACACAGGGCUAUCGACAUUCUGGACUUCGCCAGUCGUAUCCUCGCGGCCAAUCCAGCACUGGUGUUGCUAGGCUUUGGAUCGUUAGCUUUCGUGGUGGGGUGGACCUGGGUAUGGCUGUGGAUGUUCACUAGAAUCUUCCUCGGAGGUUACUUUUCGAAAUCCCUUUCGGCCUUUGUCAUCGGUACGGCAACAUGGUGGCUGGCUAUCUUCUUCUUCCUCAUGUAUGUCUGGACCCUCUCCGUUAUGAGCGGAGUUGUUCGGGCUACAACGGGAGGCACCGUUUCGAACUGGUAUUUCCACCGCAACCACCAGACACCUGCCACAUCGAACGCGAUUGUCAAAGGGGCUCUGGGACACUCAACGACAACAGUGUUCGGCACUAUCUGUGCCUCCACUCUUCUUUCGCUGGCUGUCCGGGUGCCGAUACUGAUCCUACCCCGACGCAUCUCAAGCAUAUUCGAGUUCAUAGGAUGGCGACUCGCACCGAGACCGGUGUCUGUUCUCACGAACCCCCUAGCACUCACAUAUGCCUCGAUCCAUUCAUUGCCUUUGAUGGAGUCUGCAUCCCAGCUAAGUAGGAUUCAGUUCUUGUCGACGGGGCCCACCACAACUCUCACGCCGAGCGCAUUCUCUCGGCGGAACCAGACAGCCUCCCUAAUGCCCUACAGGAUGGCCAAGAUGUUGCUCCACGCAGCGCGGUUCGUCAUGUCGACAGCCCUAGGGUUCGCGGCUUGGGUCAUGACGGCGCGGCAGCUACAGGUCCAGCUACCCGAUGGACUUGGCAUCAGGGGGAGUGCUUAUGCUUACGUUGUAGGCAUGGUGGCGAGUAUGAUCGGCUGGGGAGUGCUAGGGGCUAUGGAAGGCAUUCUAUCUGGCAUCCUCGAUGGCGUUCUCAUAUGCUACGCCAGCGAAAGAAGGCUCGGCAGCGACCGUGCGACAUACUGCAUUGAAGCUGCGAAACUGUUCGAGGACAGGGGACAUGAAAGGGAUAUGGUGUGA